UCUCCGCCGACAUCUCCCUUCCCCAACUCGCCAAUCCACAGUUUGCAUUCUGUUCCUCCCAAAACUGAAAGGCUCUCUCUCUCUCUCUCAACAACUGUGGAAGGAUUUCGAUUCUCUCUCUUCAAUGGAUGAGGUGAUCACAGCCGCUGAUGCAUCGGCGAGCUUUCGAUCCUAUUUAUUAGAACCGUCCAUUGUACCUUCCAACCUCCCUCUUCUCUCUGCUUUCCUCUCCUUCUCGCUUGCUCAGUUUUUCAAACUCUUUACCGCCUGGUUCAAGGAGAGGAGAUGGGAUUCUAGAAUGAUGUUUAAUUCAGGUGGCAUGCCAUCAUCACAUUCAGCAACUGUUACAGCUCUUGCGAUGGCAAUUGGUUUACAAGAAGGAGUUGGAGGAUCUGCAUUUGCCAUUUCAGUGGUUUUGGCAUGUGUUGUAAUGUAUGACGCAACUGGUGUUAGAUUUCAUGCAGGUCGGCAAGCUGAAAUAUUGAAUCAAAUUGUGUGUGAGCUGCCUCCUGAACACCCUGUUUCUUGUGUUAGGCCUCUACGAGAUUCACUUGGUCAUACUCCACUUCAGGUCGGUGCAGGAGCUUUAUUGGGAUGUUCAGUAGCAUACCUCAUGAAAAACUCCAAUUAAUGGGAUGGUAUGCCAAUUUACUGCUCUUCCACCACCAAACAUUAAGGAGGCUUCUCAGCUUUUUUAUGGUAGCAACCGCAUCAUUAUUUUUCAUACAAAGAAGAAUCAGAAGAAAAGGCGAUAAACUGAGAAUUGAGGUUCUGAUUACUGAAAGCUUGUUUAGUUGUACUUUAUUUCAAGUGUUGCUUCUAAUGCUUUCUGUGUGUAUCAUAGUUUGUCAAGGCUGCUUGAUUUUUUUGUAUGUUCCAUUUUUCUGCCAAUUCAACAUUCAGAGGAAGCAAGGGCUUCCAAAAUUACCAUUGUUUAUACUUUCUGAUAAAUGCAAUUGAUUUUAUCUGCUUUCAAACGUUUUACAGAA